UGCUGCAAAGCUUGUUUCUUCCGGACAGGUAAAAGGACACGUCCGGUUAGAGUCUAACAAGGAAGAGAUGACAGGAAAAGUCAAUGGUCAUUUAAUUGAGUGAAAUAUUCGUGAGCCUUAUACAACAUAUGUAAAGUAAUUGUUCUGUUUCUAUACUUAUCUAUGGUACUAAUAGACAACUAGAUAAAUAACCUAUAGGACAUCGAAUUCAUAGUUUGUCUGUUGUUGUGGUUCUCGUCGAGAUCUUUUUUAAGCACUUUAAACAGUUUCAUGGUCUUGGCUACUUCGUAAAUUAGUAUCCACACAAGCAAUUGGCUGAUAAAUGUUCCACCAGUAAAAGUUAUAUAUAACCAGAUAUCUUUCAAUAAUGAGUUUGGAUUCAGCGCUAUUGCUAGAAGCUGCACAUUUUGCGGCAGAGAAACAUAAAAGACAACGGCGUAAGGACCCUGAAGCCACACCAUAUAUCAACCACCCAAUUGGUGUGGCAAGAAUCUUAAGCCAUGAAGCUGGUAUUGCAGACAUUGAAGUUUUACAGGCAGCUUUGCUUCAUGACACAGUGGAAGACACUGACACCAGCAUUAUAGAGCUUGAGGCGGUAUUUGGGCAGACAGUGGCAAGAAUUGUCCAGGAAGUAACCGAUGACAAGACCCUGCCCAAACAAGAGAGGAAGCGUCAACAGGUGGAACAUGCACCGCAUUGCAGCCAGCAGGCCAAACUGGUAAAACUUGCUGACAAGCUGUACAAUCUGAGGGAUCUCAGCCGUAGCACACCUGUUGGCUGGACAGAAGAACGGGUCCACGAGUACUUUGUGUGGGCGGCGCAGGUAGUGAGAGGAUUACGUGGCACCAACCAGAUACUUGAGAACAAACUGCAGCAACUCUUCAAGCAGAGAGGUGUAGAGAUGUGAUUCGACAGAGCUCUAUACUUAUGUAUCUUCCAAUAGUCUUCUGUCCUUCUUUGUACCCAUCUGUUUCCCUGCUGCCGUGGUGGUUCUCUUACUACAGGUGCGGUAGCGGAAGUGCACUACUUAAAUACUGGAUUGCUAAUCCCUGACCAGUGUUGAUGAAGACUGUAUGAUAAUCUUUGGGACUGGCUCGCUCUUUUUUUUUUUUUCCCUAUCAUGCAACCGGGCAGCUGUGCAAAUUCUGUUUUUGUUGGAUUUUCUUUUUGUUUAACAGCUACCAUUUACUUGUGCACAUGCACACAGAUAUUCCAAUCAUCUAAUCUGAGAAAAAGGUUGCCCCAGUUCUAUAAAAUGAUUUUAUGUCGAUAUUAUUCUGUAACAUUAUUUUGUCUAAGAGCAUUUUUUUGUCUUAUCAAAUGCAUAUUACUUCAUUUGUCAGUACUGUGUCUCAUGUGAGUGAGUUACACUAUAGGGCAUUCACACUGAUAAACCCUCAGUGUUUUGGAAAAUGAAAUAUUUGGAAAUAAAAAUAUUUUUGGCCACUCUCA